CAUCAUGGCGGAGACAGAAACAGAAACACAACCGCCACGCAUCUCGCGCAAGGUGCAGAAAUCAAUGACGGCGUUCGAGACGGCCGAGGGCGUCGGCGCGCGGGUCAAGCGCUCGGUCGGCACGCCAGGCAUGUGGAACCCGAGCCCGUUCUUGAUCCUCGACUGGGCGACAGUGGAGCGCGGAGCUGGCUUCCCGACACACCCCCACCGAGGGAUGAGCACGCUGACCUGGGUGCUGGACGGCACGAUGCAGCACGAGGACUUUCUGGGCAACAAGGGCGUGCUGAGCACUGGCGACGCGCAGUGGAUGACUGCCGGCCGCGGCAUCGUGCACUCUGAGAUGCCCCUGUUCCCCGACGACGGGCCGGACAGCGCCACAUCGCUGCAGCUGUGGAUCGACCUGCCGGCCGCCAAGAAGAUGGUCAAGCCGAGCUACCAGGACCGGAAAGCCGCCUCCAUGGGCCGCGCCGCGUGGGACCGGGGCAGCGUCACUGUCGUCGUGGGCGAGGUUUGCGGCGCGACCGGGCCAAUCAAGCCCACCGGCGCCGAGGGCAUGGUGUUUGCCGACUUUUCGCUCGAGCGCGCGGGCAGCGAGGCGUGGGCUGCUAUCGAGGCGGGGCACACGGCGAUCGUGUACGUACUCGCUGGCACAGUCAAGAUCGGGGACACGACGCUCGAGGCACACAACGCAGCGAUACUCAGUUCCGGCGAGGGCGAGACGGGCGUGCUCUUGACCAAGCCGAGCGGGCGGAAACCGAGCCGCAUCGUCUUGAUAGCCGGCAAGCCGCUCGACCAGCCCGUCGUCCAGCAGGGCCCGUUCGUCGUCACCUCGCGCGAGGCGGCCGCGCAGGCCGUCAAGGACUUUACGAGCGGGCGUAACGGGUUCGAGAAGGCCCCCGGGUGGGUCAGUGAGAUUGGCAAGACGGCACGGGCGGGCAGCGGGCGGAAGAGGAGAGAUUAG